GUAGGAACUCUGCCCAGCGCUCACCCAUACUGUAACGUCCAAGGGAGCCCUGGGAGCACCAGGACCUGAUCGGAAUGGGUGUUCCUGCUCCGGCGCCGGGGUGGCAUAGAAGACCGCACCCGGACCGCCCGUAAAUGGUCUCCAGAGCCCCCUUCCCGGCUGGCUGGCAGCACGGACACGUGGGAUUGCAGGGAUUGUGAGUUCCUAGGCUAGGCAGUGGCAUCAGGACCCAGGUGGCAGCGAGGGUGGCUGGAGGGCUCGGUCUGUCCGUGGGCAGUGAGAGCUGGGUGCGCGCAAGGGAUAGGCAGCCAGUGGCCGUGGGGCACGACACUGGUUCCCAGGGUACAGCCUGGCCGCCGCCGCCAUGCAGACUCGGAACAGCAGGGCCAGCCUGACAAAGUCAGGCUCGGGGACCACUAAGAAUGCCCCAAACACCAGAGCACCCUCAGGGGACUUGCAACAACAGCAGCCCACAGGACACCCAGGGCAAUCUGCAGCUGGGGUGCACGCCUCCCGCUCGGGGCCUCCAGCACCCAAUGCACUGCAGCCUGCAGUCUCCCAGACACCCCUGGGAAAGCAACUGCAGAUGACCCAGAGCGCAGGGGGCAAGGCCGCCAUCCAGAAGCAUGCUGACCAACGGGCCAAAGUCCUGCUCAAAUUCAGGGACAGCUUCAAGCAUGUUUUCUUGUUGCCCACGGAAGUGUUGAAGAUCCUGCGGCUGGGUCUAAUCAUAGGAGCAUUAGCUUGUUUCACCACUGCUAAAGCCCACGACCCGCAUAUAGCCAUCACAGUUCUGGAAAUCUGCAUCGUUCUUUUUUUUAUUACAACAUAUCUGCUAACCCUUCACCACCUGCUGAUUUGUUUAGAUUGGUCCUUACUUGAUCUUAUCAACAGUUUCAUUACAGCUGGGUUCCUCUUAAUAUUCAUCUCGGUGAUGCAAGAAAUGCAAAGAAGGCACUUAUUCUAUGUUGGAGGGUUCCUGUGUCUCACAGCGGCAAUCGUGUGUAUCUUCGAUGGGAUUAUGGUCACCAAAUUGAUGAGAGAUACAGUGAAAAGAGUCCUGGGAAUCGAACUUGAAACCUACGUCUUCCGGCCCCUGGGGCCCACCGCACAGGCACCCGCAACAGAACUUGCGCCAGCGCCAGCAGCCAAGCCGGGCCGCCAAACCAGCCCAGUCCGCACCUCCCCCCGGGCAUUUUCGCGGUGCCCACGGGGUCAUCUUCAUGGAUAUUCUCAGCGCCACCCUUGACCGAGGCUGCACCUUUCAAAGGGGCAUCCUUGCGGACAUAAGCAUCCGUACCUCAUCCCUCCGAGUAAUCCCACCACUGAGCUUGCAUAUGCUGUCACCCAUUCCGGCCCACAUGCGAUCAUA